UGCCCGGAGGCCGCGAGGAAGACCCAUCGUCAGACAAGACCGGCAGCUGCUUUCAGUUGAAAACCAGAAAGAAAUCCCAAUCUCAUGGCUUUAUUUUGGUUUAGAAAUCAAGUCGAGUGACAAUGGAAACUCUUUCCCUGCUGUCCUCUCCUUUCUGCCCAUGUUGACAGAAGGACUUGCUAAUUCUGGCUGGGGUUUUUCCCUCCCUGGGCUGUUUUUACUCUUUUAUCUCCAUCAAUUGAAGAGAGCUCUUCAGCCUUUCAAACUGUCGGAAGGUAUCUGGGGUUUUGUGUAUUUUUUUUCUUUCUUUCACAUAAUUCUGUGGGUCUUUUCCCAGAUAUGUAUUUUUUCUCAAAUUAACUUCAAACUUGUUUAAGUUUCCGCCCAUGUGACUUCCAGCGUGAGUUACCAGAAACCACAAGAGAGAGAGCGCCAGCCCCAAAGCGAGCGACAUGUCCCUGCGGGGAGCAGUGCCUCUGCACCCCAGAGUGAGGAGGACGCAGGGGUCAGAGGCGGCUGCAGGGCUGGUAGAGGAGGGACCCGCAGAGGGGGGCAAGCCGGAGGCCUGGGAGCCGCCACACAGGAAGGCCAGCUGGUGACCAGCGAGCCCAGAGGCGUCUGGGGCUGUGAGCAGAGCCGGAAGACUGCAGCCAUGCCUCACAGCUCCGACAGCAGCGACUCCAGCUUCAGCCGCUCUCCUCCCCCGGGCAAGCAGGACUCAUCAGAUGAUGCGAGAAAAGUUCAGAGAAGGGAGAAAAAUCGCAUCGCUGCCCAGAAGAGCCGGCAGAGGCAGACACAGAAGGCUGACACCCUGCACCUGGAGAGUGAAGACCUGGAGAAACAGAAUGCAGCUCUGCGCAAGGAGAUCAAGCAGCUCACAGAGGAGGUGAAGUACUUCUCGUCAGUGCUAAGCAGCCAUGAGCCCCUGUGCUCAGUGCUGGCCACCAGCACACCCUCGCCCCCCGAGGUGGUGUACAGUGCCCAUGCCUUCCACCAGCCUCACGUCAGCUCCCCGCGCUUCCAGCCCUGAGCUUCCAGAGGUGGACAGAACAGAGCCCCUCCCAGCUGCUCCGGGAGGUUUCGGUGGAGGCACACAGACUGGCGUCAGGCAGCCCUCACCCCUCAGAGCCCUCUCGCCAUCUGGAGCCCCGAGGCCGAGGCCUGGACAGGACUGAGCACAGGACUGCAGCAGUUGGAAGUGUGUGUGGCCUUCCAGGAGCGUUUACUCCCGUCCGCGUAUACUUGACCCCCAUGUGGGUUGAGACCCGAUCUAGAGUGUAUGACAUAAAAUGCCCACAUCCCAUAGCACAAAGGGAUGAGGGCAGGGGAGGGUUAUUUUUCUAAAUAAAUGUCU